CACAACGACAUCAACGCCUUCUCGUCUCUGACUCGCUGGGGUACUGGAUUGACUUGAAUUGAUCGUGCCUGAUAAGGCCAGAGAUGACUCUGGACUUUCAUCCCACCGUCGCUUCGUGCUUUCCCCUUACCCCGACCACUUCUUCGUUCCCACUCCAUCCGUUGCUGUGUUCCUGCUGUCCUGUGCAUGAACAUGACAAGCUCCCCUUCGAAAUAGGCAGGUGAGCUUCUCAAGGUCUCGAGUUUCCUCAUAUGUGUUUCCUAUCACGCGGUUCUUCAUCUUCCUCGUAACGCCUCGAGUUCCUCGCAAUCUCUCACGUUUUCUCGCACUACCUGUACCUUCAUCUUGGAUAUAUGAGACACUAAACAAACACACAUCCUAUCUCUAUACCUCGCCAUUGGAUAUUACUCUGCUCUCAAAGCAACCUGCGAGCGACUCCAUCCAUCACUCCAGAUCCCAGCUCUGCUCUACCUCGGGAUCGCUCGCACGAUGUUCCUUCGAUCUUCCCUUCACGCCAGCCGACGCUCCCUUACCCGCCAGGCCGUAUGUCAACCUUUUCUCUGCGCCCGACUUAAUGCCCCUGCGAAAUGCAAAGACGGCUCAGUCCCAGUCGUGGCCUACCAUCGCACCUCCAGCUCUCCAGAGAUCACCGCAGCAACCAUUGGCGGUAAUGGGCCUGUCAAGCCCCCGGGAGAAGAUCAAGAGCGAGAAGCUCAACCUCUCAAUCGAGGCGUCUACUCCAAGCUUACCCCGACAUUGCACAAAUUCACUCUGCCGGACAAGGUCGCCGUCAUCACAGGAGCCGGCCGAGGAUUAGGUCUGAACAUAGCCCAAGGCUUUGCAGAAGUUGGAGUGCGCGGGAUUGCAAUCCUGGACGUACAAACAGACAUCGGCAACAAGUCGGCUCGCGAGCUCACCGCCCAGACCGGCAUCGACACUCGCUUCUAUUGCGUCGAUGUGCGGGAUGGUGAUGCUGUCGGGCAAGCGAUCCGCGAUAUAGUGCACCACUACGGAACUCUCGACAUCCUCGUGAACGCCGCCGGGAUCGCCGACUCCAACAUGAAGGCCGAAACGUACGAUCUUACAAAAUUCAGACGUCUACUCGACAUCAACGUCACCGGCACGUUCAUCACCUCGCAAGCCUGCGCUCGACACAUGAUCAACACCGGCCGCGGAGGCAACAUCAUCAACAUUGCCUCCAUGUCAGGCAGCAUCGUCAACUACCCUCAGGAGCAAUCCUGCUACAACGCUUCCAAAGCGGCUGUGAUGCAGCUCACGAAGUCACUCGCAGCGGAGUGGGCGGGCUACGGUAUCCGCGUCAAUGCGAUUAGCCCAGGCUACAUGGACACCGCUUUGAAUCGCGUACCGGCUCUGGAGGCACAGAAGAAGAUCUGGAUUGAGCGGACACCGCAAGGGCGGCUUGGUGCAGUGGACGAGCUGAACAACUUGGCGGUCUUCUUGGCAAGCGACGGAUCAUCGUACAUGACCGGCAACAACUGUGUGAUUGACGGCGGCUACACUCUGUGGUGAUCGGUCUAUGCAUCAUGGGUUAUUGGAUCUAUGUAAGUCAAGCAGACAUGUAUUCGGGCCUCGUAACCCUUCCAAGAGAUGAAUUCGCCUCCGCGGCAUCCGCAUUCCAGCGAUGUUGUGCGAACAUUCC